CCAAAAUUAAAGCGCCAAAUCGAGAAGAAUCCUGAUCCUGGUUCCUGGCCUUGCUGCUCCCAAGACCUCUCCGCUUGAACUAUCGCCAUUGCCGUGGCGCCUCUUUCUGCCUUUUGUUCCAAGCAAGCAGAAGAGGAAGAAGACUGGUUAACGACGUUUCAGUGGGCGGAGGAACUAGAAUGAGCAGCAACUUGGAUGGUGAAGGACACAACAAUUUGGACUCCAGUCCAACAUCUCCCCGCAGCAACGAAAUUGGCGAUGAUGGUAGAAUGGAACUAAAUGGCACUUCCCGAAAAGACAAAGCACAGCAGCAAGAGGAAGAGGAAGAUGAAUGUGAGGAGGAUUGCGUUGAUGAAGAAGAUGGGAUUCGAGAUGAUACAUAUACUUUCAGAUUUGAUGGGAACAUGGAUCCUCUGACUUUCGCCGAAGAUGAUGCUUUUGGAGUCCAGCCCUAUCAGCAAUUUGAGCGCCUUGAGCACGAGUAUGAAGCAUUGGCUGAAAAAAAACGUAAAGCACUUGCCACACAUCAUCAUCGCCACUGCGAAAGCCCACUUAAGAAGUCAAGGAAAGAGGAGAUCUCUGCAGCAAGGAUGGAGGAAAUAAUGGAAGCUAUGAAUUAUGGUCUAAGAAGAAAAUCAAGGAAGGCUAAGAAAAGAGGAAGACACAAGGGAUCAAAGAAGAAACUUAGUCCAGAAGUCACACGAAAGCUUGGUAGCGCUACUCUUCAUUAUGCACACGGCCAGUACGAAGAGGCCAUAUCUGUGUUGAAAGAAGUUGUAAGGAUUGCACCUAAUUUGCCUGAUCCAUACCACACCCUUGGGCUCAUUUAUAAUGCAAUUGGGGAUAAGAAGAAAUCUUUAAAUUUCUAUAUGCUUGCUGCCCAUUUGACACCAAAAGAUUCAUCACUUUGGAAACUCCUUGUCAACUGGUCCAUAGAGCAAGGAAAUGUUGGUCAAGCCAGAUACUGCCUUUCUAAAGCUAUAACAGCAGAUCCAGAAGAUACUAGUCUUAGGUUUCAACGGGCUUGUCUUUAUCUUGAGCUUGGUGAAUAUCAGAAAGCUGCAGAAUCAUAUGAACAAAUCUCAAGACUUUGCCCUGAGAAUGUCGAAGCUCUCAAGACAGCCACGAUGUUGUACCAAAAAUGUGGCAUGAAGGACCAUUCUGCCAGCAUUUUGGAGGAAUAUCUUAGGGAUCAUCCAAGUGAAGCUAAUUUGCACUUAGUGGAACUGCUAGCCAGAAUACACAUGGAGAAUAAUGCACAUACCAAAGCUCUUCAACAUAUUGAACAUGCGCAAAAAGUUUGUUGUGGUGGAAAAGAACUGCCGCUGUAUUUAAUAACCAAAGCAGGCAUAUGCCGCAUGCAUCUAGGAGAUAUUGAAACGGCAGAGACUAUGUUUGGAGUUUUGCAAGGGGCAAAUGCAUCUGGUCAUCCUCAUCUAGUGAGUGAAGUUGCAGAUUCCCUAAUGGCCCUUGAGCACUACAAAUCUGCUUUGAAGUACUACAUGAUAUUAGAAGGAAAUGGCGAAGCUAACAAUGGCUUUGUACAUCUGAAAAUUGCUCGGUGCUGCUUAUUUUCGAAUGAAAGAGUUAAAGCAAUUGAAUACUUCUACAAAGCUUUGCAUGCACUGCAAAAUAACAUUCAAGCUCGAUUAACCCUUGCCUCUCUCCUUCUUGAAGAAGAUAAAGAAGAUGAAGCCAUUUCAGUUCUUUCUCCUCCAAAAGAUAUUGAACCAACACUUGGACCAAAUUCUGAUAAAUCUAAACCAUGGUGGCUUGAUGGGAAAAUAAAAUUGAAGCUCUGUCAGAUUUACAAAGCCAAAGGACUUACUGAGGCCUUUGUUGCAACUAUCUUUCCCUCUGUUCGAGAAUCAUUGUUUGUUGAAACUAUUCAGCUAAAGGUUAAAACAAGAAAAAGGCUCCCAAAACGUGUUCUUUUUGAGAGAGCCAAGGUACUAGAUGAUCAUCAAAAUGAUAAUGUGUUUCAUGGAUUCAGACCUGUGGCUUCAACUUCAGAUCUGUCAAAAGCAUCUAGAGCCAAGCGAUUGCUUCAGAAAAAGGCUACAGCUAAAGAGGCUAGAAAAGCUGCUGCUUUAGCUGCUGGGGUUGAUUGGAAAAGUGAUGAUUCAGAUGAUGAUUCUCAGCGGCAAGGACUGAGAGAGGCUCCCUUACCUAAUCUCCUAAAAGAUGAGGAGCACCAUCAUCUCAUUAUCGAUUUAUGCAAGGCAUUAGCGUCAUUGCAAAGAUAUUGGGAAGCAAUGGAAGUCAUCAAUCUUACACUGAAGUUGGCUUCUAAGACAUUGCCUAUUGAAAAGGAGGAGGAACUUCGUUCUCUUGGUGCUCAAAUAGCUUACAACAUUACUGAUCCUACACAUGGGUGGGACUACGCAAGGCACAUAGUUAAUCAACAUCCCUACAGUUUUGCUGCCUGGAAUUGCUACUAUAAAGUAAUUUCAAGGCUGGAGAAUCGGUACUCAAAGCAUAACAAGUUCCUGCAUGGCAUACGAGUCAAACACAAAGAUAGCAUUCCUCCCAUUGUCAUUUCUGGCCAUCAGCUUACCAUGAUCAGCCAGCAUCAAGCUGCUGCAAGAGAGUAUCUAGAAGCUUAUAAAUUGAUGCCUGACAGUCCUUUAAUCAAUCUAUGUGUCGGAAGUGCCUUAAUCAACUUGGCACUUGGAUUCAGACUUCAUAACAAGCAUCAGUGUCUGCUUCAAGGUUUAGCAUUCCUCUACAACAAUUUGCAGUUUUGCGAAAGCAGCCAGGAAGCAUUGUUUAACAUAGCCCGAGCAUGCCAACAUGUUGGUCUUAUUACACUAGCUACUGCAUACUAUGAAAAGGUGCUUGCAAUUCGUGUGAAGGAUUAUCCUAUUCCAAAACUUCCGAAUGAGAAUCCAGAUGUCAAGGAGAAUCUUGAACCAGGUUACUGCGACCUCCGUAGAGAAGCAGCUUUCAAUUUACACUUGAUCUACAAGAAGAGUGGAGCGUUUGAUCUUGCCAGGCAGGUCUUGAAAGAUUAUUGCACUCUCUAAAUGUAAGUGUUAUGGUGCAUAACAGAAAAGUUGGUUUUUCUUUUCUUCUUUCCCCCCUUUCUUAGUUGACCUCUUAAGCAAUGGCUGUGAGUGGGUCUUUUUACUGUGCUAUAGUUGACACCCUAUGUACAUAACUUUUUUUAUUUUUGGUAUUUUUUGUUUUAUUCUGUAACUAAUUUCAUCGCAGAACAAAUAUUUAAAGGUUAGGACUUUGAACCAUUUGAAAGUUUUAGACUGUCAACUUACGUGGAGGAAAGGAAAAUGUGAUGUUUUGACCCUUGUAACCAGUGACAACCUUUUAACUUGUUCAUAGUAACACUGAUUAAGGCCUAAGAAUG